AUGGGGGACGUCCGCGCGUGGUUCUCGCUUGUCGAGCAGCACAACUACAACGGGGUCCGCGCCGUCCAGCGCAAGUAUGCGGGCACGCGGAACGACGACGGGUGCACGGCCCUGAUGCUCGCCGUCAAGAACAACGACCUGACGAUGGUCGAGGUCCUCAGCGAGACAGAGUCCGGCUUCGUGAACAACCGCGACGAAACGGCCCUCUUCCUGGCGUGCGCGCGGAACUACGACGACAUCGCCUCCGUCCUCAUCCCGAAGGAGCGGGAGCUUCGCCAGUCUUCCACCGGCUACACGCCCCUCAUAAUUGCCGCGGCCAACGGAAGCACGCGGGUCAUCCCUCUGCUGAUUCCAUACUUCGGGAACGAAACCGACAAGCAAGGCUACACAGCCCUUGACUACGCCACCUACAAUAAUUACCACCUUUGCGUGGACCUACUGACGAAGAGUGAGAAGUUCUCCGUCCCCGACCUGGAGCGCGCAGUGAAGAUAGCUGAGGAGUGCGGCCACGUGCAGCUUCACACAAAACUCACGGCACACCUUCUGCACAAAGUGAAGACUCUGGGAGACAGGGCCACCUUGGCUGCCACUAGCUCCAAGUCCCCCUUUACUUCUCCGGGGGCAAAGCAAUACACGACGUCUGUCAACCGCUUUAGUAACGUGUCGCCUUCGCAGCACACCGAUAAGCUGGGAAAGGUCGAAAGUCCUAACUCUACCAGCGGGGCACCCAAAAAGGGUAGCCCUGCGCUCCCUGUGGAAAAGUCGCCCCAGUCCUUUGGCCGGGCUACAUCUACGCUUAAGGCCGCUAACAAAAUGGCGUUGAACGACCCACCAAUAGGAUCGGUGAUCCCCCCGCUCUCCGACUUGGGUGAGAUAUUUCGACGGAACCUGGCUAUGCGCAAUAAAAGCGUUCGUUCUGCAUAUGGGGUAACUAACAACGCUACUGCUAACGACUCUGCAGCCGGCAAAUCAGGUAUUCCAUCCAGCCACAAUGACACCGAAAUGCAAAUUAUUCACAGAAUGACUAAGAUGGGAAUGCACGAUAGGGACGACGAGGACGGAGUGAUUUUAAUGCACCAGAACCCUGAGAAUUUGAAACACAUCAAGCCGCGCGCCCAGUCAAAUCGCAUUAUCCCACGGCCAACAUAUCUACUCUCUCCGGAACACGACACCGCAGAGACCCAGAUCACUGGUCCCCGGUCCGAUGCAUUGACCUCAGACCCGGCGAGUCAUGUCAGCACAGUUCCAGGAACAGAGCUUCAGUCGUGCACAAUGCAUCAGGCCAGGAUGGAUCUCAUACCAGAAGAGACCUAUCAAGAUGACAACCUGAUACCGCCAGUGAUCAUGGACUCUUACCAGAAUGAGCUGGGCACCAUUCAAAGAUCAGGUGCAGCGGAGGCCAGUGCAGUGGGUCGAUCAACGAGUGUUAUAGGUCUGCCGCUCAGUCCCACAGCGAACAUAGACACUGCGUCCACAUUGAAGAAGAUCAGUAAGAUGUCCGCCACUGAGCUUCGCGUUGCAUGCGUUGAGAUGCUGGAGUGUAUUGAAGGAAAGGAGCGUCUGAUAAAUAAGUUUCUCGAGACUCCAACGACUGCAGGUGCAGCCGAAACCUCAUCCAAGCCACGACUACCAGCUGAUGCAGCAGACUCUUUUCAGUACACUGAGCUCCUCUCUUCGUGUGAUAAAUACCGAUCCCAAGCAAUCGAUCUGCAAUCGAAGUUGGACACAGUGGCAGACGUUAUGCUCACCAGAAGCUCUCAAGUUUACGACAUCCUGUAUCAAAUUUUAAAGGCCAUCUCUAUUACUGGCAAUGCAGCUCAGUGGGUCACUAACACAACUGAAGCACAGCAAAAGUCCAUCGAGGGCCUUUCUCAUGUUGCUGACUUAUGUAAUAAAAUCUGGUCUACACAUUCCGCCAUGCUAGAGGAUGUCAAGAGUGCUGAUUCUGCUUUGGUUCGCGAAGCGAACAGACUUCUUCGCAAAGACUCGCUUACCUCAGGUAUUGUUCUGCCGUCUCUGAGUGAUCUUGCGCCACUAGCCGCUCCUCCGCCAGAAACCGCUGACGUGGAGGUAGAAGCAGCGGCAUAUUGUUCGGACUCUGCUGUUCAGACAGAUCUGUUACUGCCACCAUCUGCUGACUUUCACGACACCAUCGACAGGCUUGCUUCAGUCGCAGAGUCUCCUUUGGAAUCUAAUCAGCACACCCCUAUUCAGAUAAAGCCACUCAAGGAAGAAGAGGUAACACCGCAGACCCCUAAGAGUAAUGUGCACCAUCACAGUGAAGAUGCAACUACAGAUGAGGCUCAUAAGGACAAUGCUAUAGCAGCUAAGGAAUCUGUAGGAGAGCACGACCACCACGAUGCCCCUAGCACUGUGGAUGCUCCAAAAACACAUACCCCUCUAGCGACAAGAGAAGCUGCUGAAUCUGCGAAUACUAAAUCUCGAGAAAUUGUCAAGCCAACCAACUUAAAGCUAGACGAAAACGGCAACAGCACUGUUAUGAGGGCCAUAAAGAAGAUCCUGAAGUUGGAUCCGUACAAAGUAGGAGAUGACGGGAGAUCUAUGAGUUCUCGUGCCCAUCAGCUUACUGAUGAAGAGCAGGCUAAGCUCACAAAGCUCUUCGAGGAGGUCAAGAAGGACAUCAAAAAGCAAGCCGGACAUGAAAACAACGACGGCUACACCGCUCUUAUGAUGGCUGCAGGUGGAAAUAAUAUUGAAUUGAUAAAGAUUCUGCUUCCAUAUGAGGCCGGAAUCAGGGUUCUAGACGACAAGGACUUCAUAGACAAUACUGCAACAAAGAUCGCUCUUUUGAAUGGAAACACAGAGGCGGCGUCACUUCUUUUGGGACCUGAAGGCUUUGAAAUUCAACCCCCAAACGUCAGUGGAGGGCGUAAGACGGAGCUCAUGGAUGCUGCUGAGCAGGGCGAUGUGGUUAGUGUGUAUCUCUAUGCACCCUCUCAGGCCACCCUCGCGGAUGAGGAAGGAAAGACGGCCCUCAUGUACGCAGCCAGCGCUGGAAAGGUAAAGGUUCUUCAGUAUCUAAAGGCUGAAGCAAAGAUGGCCACACCCUCCGGCACCACUGCGAUGAUGCUUGCCGGAAUGCACGGGCACCACGAUUGCUGCAAGUAUCUCCUCGAGUUUGAGCGAGGCAUGACAGACAAGCACAAGAUGACUGCUCUAAUGCACGCGGCGAGCCAAGGACAUCGACCAUGUGUGGAGGCCUUGAUCAAGGAAGUAGGGGCAAAGACCAAGGAAGGAAUGAACGCUCUAAUGUACGCCAUCCAGGUGGGAAGUAAGCCCUGCAUAGAGUACAUCCUGCGCAAGUAUCCAAAAGAAAAGACAAUAACUACAACAGAGAAGAGUAAGUACGGCGCUGGAUGCACGCCUGCUGAUGUUGCUGUGAAGGCUGGGCACCCAGAACUUGUGGCUCUCCUAGAAUGA